GCUAGAGCUGUUGUCAACAAGAAUCCUUGUUUCCACUAUCGAGUAGAAUUUCUGCAGACCAUCAAUGAAGAUGAUAAGUUGUAUUGUGGUGUUGUCUCUUGCACUAGCUUUGAGCUUUGCUAGCAGUCCAGACGCACUGACUGACACCGAGAAGACUGCUUUUGUCAGCGCCCACAAUGAUGUACGGGCUGCUGUUGGGGUCAAGACAUUAUUGGUAAAUUCAAUGACCUUAAUGUUUGUAGGGGUAAUAAGGGGAGAGACUGCAAUCAGGUUAGUACAAAAUAAAAUGAGUAAAACAGAGUAUGGUUAAACCUGAAAAAUUAAACGCAACAAAACAGCGAACGUGUCGGCAAAAGCCUUCGUCAGCGAACAAAACAACAGAAAAAACGUUAUAAAAAUAAGAAAUAGCACUUAGCUGGUAAGUAGUAUCUGUGGGCAGCAAUAUAAGUGUGGCAGAAGGAAAAUGAGUGAGAGUUUAAAUAAGCAGCGGCGAAAAAAGGGGGGAGAAAAAAGUUCAAUGUGAUAGGUCAGAACGUGGUGGGGCGGAGCUAGGGUCAAGCUGUGAACAGAGACAUAACAUUAAUCCCAUCUGGCGUCAAAGUGCCGUAAGUCAGGAUAAGUCUGUGUUCCAAAUUGACCCGGCUGGCGGUGUUAGUGCUGGCCACAAUCGCACUUAUUGAAAAGUCCGCCUUGCCCCGGUGGUCGCUACUAUUGAAGUGUUUGGAGACGGGACACUGUUUAUCUUGUGUAAUGUUUCGGAGGUGUUCGGUACACCUGUCCGAGAGACGGCGUCCAGUCUCCCCUAUGUAUGUCAUCUGACAGCGGGUGCAGACAAUGGCGUAGAUAACGUUGCGGCUUGUACAGAGGAAACCGUCGCGUAUCUGAAAACUGCCCUUGGGGAAACGUAUGCGUUCAGUCUGGACGACAAAAGGGCACGUGUUGCAACUAAUGUUUGUAGUUGUUAUAAGAAAUGUCCGAAUGAUUAAUUAAAAUCUAGGGUAGCCUUUAAAGUGUGUAAUGUUCCAAACGUUUGCUUCUAUCACAUUAAGAUAGGAUGUAUCGUUACAGACCGCAAGUUUACUAUCUACAUGUUCUAAUAGCUGGAACUAGGUUAUGACAUGUAAACACGCACUGUUGGCGACCUACUAUUUGGAAUAAGGUUAAGAUGGCCUCUCACCCUGUUAAGGAUCUAGUAGUGGGAAGUAGGUUACGAUAUGUCAUCUCACCAUGUUAAGGAUCAAUUAGUUGAAAGUAAAUUACGAUAUAUCAUUGUACCCUGUUAUUAUCUAAAAACUAGACUAGUUGAACGAAAUAAAUGUUUAAAAAAAUGGAUUCAGUUUUUGCAAGCAACAGACAUUAUAAAAAUUGUUUGUGGCUAAAACACCAUGUUCAUAAAUUAGUUGAAAAGUAAAUUACGAUAUAUCAUUGUACCCUGUUAUUAUCUAAAAACUAGACUAGUUGAACGAAAUAAAUGUUUAAAAAAAUGGAUUCAGUUUUUGCAAGCAACAGACAUUAUAAAAAUUGUUUGUGGCUAAAACACCAUGUUCAUAAAAAAUACCAUUGAUUUAAAAUAAAGUUAUUGCUUUUGUUGUGCCUGUGAUUUUAUUCCUAUUUUUAGGUUUGGAACAACACAUUGUCGUCAUUCGCGGAGACCCACGCAUCCAAGUGUGAAUUCAAACACAGCUCUUCCAAAUAUGGGGAAAAUAUUUUCGCAUCAUGGCGUAAGGUCAAAACUUUAUAACAAAGGCAUUUUGUUUAGGAAUUAAUUUAUUUUAGAUAACAUGAACAGAUUUCAUUUAAAAGACUUAUUACUGAUCACGUGAAAGUACAAUCUGUUAUUUUUCAAAAUAAUAAAAAUAAUUUUUAACGAUGCUUUUCGUCGUUCUAAGAAUCGUAUAUCUUACGUUAUAUAUCUCUCUUGAGAACAAUAGUUAUAAAGGUAUCGUGUAUUCAACCAUUUGGUACUGUAAGAAAAUGUAUCAUCAAACUAGAACUAGCGGUACGUUUAUGCUUAACCUUUAUUGCCAGCACCAUACGCCAGCCAAGUUAUCAACAUAUAAACAAGUCAUUUCACUUUAACAAAUUUAAACAUAGGAAAUACAUUUUUAAAAAAAGAUUGGUAAUAUUUAUAGUUAAGGAAGUUUAUAUUUUAAUAUCUAUUCCAUAUUUAUAUUUAUAUCAAAUACCAUCUUUAUAUUUGAUUCUUAUACUGUGUAUAUCUUUUAUAUGUAUACCAUGUUUAUGUUAGAUAUUUAUAUAAAGUUUCUAUUUAAUAUUUUUACUAAAUUCGAUGACAAUAAUAAUAAUAUAUUUUAAUCAGCUGCUUAUUUGAAUUAGUCAACUAUAAAUAUCAUUGGUAACUUUAAAUCCAACUUAAAUUAGCCAAUAAUAAAGAUUGUUAAUAAUUUGACAUUUAGCUUAAACUAGCCAAUUAUAAAGAUUGUUGUUAAGUUGACACUAAACUAAAACUAGCCAAUUAUAAAGAUUUUUGUUAAGUUGACACUAAACUAAAACUAGCCAAUUAUAAAGAUUUUUGAUAAGUUGACACUAAACUAAAACUAGCCAAUUAUAAAGUUUGUAGCUAACGUCCAGCUUUAUUUAAUACAUUGUAGUGACUGUUGUUAACUUGACAUACAAAUUUAGCGGCAAAUUACGACCACAAGUCAGUGGCCCUGGACUCUCUCAAGUCUUGGGCGUCUGAAAAGAAGUUGGUAGAUUUCAAUGACUGGAAGUGUAUUGCAACAGGGGCAUGUGGGCAUUACUCUCAGGUGAGAACAGAUCGAAUGUAUUGAUUGGUUGAUUUAAUCCAAACACAUUUUUUAAGCAUAAUAACAUCCCGUAAGUUAUUAAAAAGACAUUAAUCAAAGUGUAUGAUAAGAACCUGGAGAAAGACGAAAGAAAACAGCAGACGAAAUUAAACCAAAUUUUUACUGAUUCAAUGGUGAACUUCUUAAAUUUAACACAUGUAAGUUAGGAUUAAACAUUUUAGAAUGUAUAUAAAAUUCAAAGAAAAUUGUAAAUCUCUCAAAAUAUUUCAUAUAGUAUUUCGAUAGGUUCACAAUGUACAAGUAGAUAAGCAUCUUUUAUUCUAUCUCAGAAGAGCCAAGAAGUAAGAGCAACAAGAGAGGGCAAUAUCUGUUCGUGAAUCUAAUUAACGUUUAAUCUUAAGUAAGGGAGACAGAUCUGGGUUAAAAAAAAAGAUUGUUGAUGAUUCACAUAUCACUGCCAAUUCUCUCUCCUGUACUUUAGACAUAUCACAUAUCACUGCCAAUUCUCUCUCCUGUACUUUAGACAUAUCACAUAUCACUGCCAAUUCUCUCUCCUGAACUUUAGACAUAUCACAUAUCACUGCCAAUUCUCUCUCCUGUACUUUAGACAUAUCACAUAUCACUGCCAAUUCUCUCUCCUGUACUUUAGACAUAUCACAUAUCACUGCCAAUUCUCUCUCCAGUACUUUAGACAUAUCACAUAUCACUGCCAAUUCUCUCUCCUGUACUUUAGACAUAUCACAUAUCACUGCCAAUUCUCUCUCCUGUACUUUAGACAUAUCACAUAUCACUGCCAAUUCUCUCUCCUGUACUUUAGACAUAUCACAUAUCACUGCCAAUUCUCUCUCCUGUACUUUAGACAUAUCACAUAUCACUGCCAAUUCUCUCUCCUGUACUUUAGACAUAUCACAUAUCACUGCCAAUUCUCUCUCCUGUACUUUAGACAUAUCACAUAUCACUGCCAAUUCUCUCUCCUGUACUUUAGACAUAUCACAUAUCACUGCCAAUUCUCUCUCCUGUACUUUAGACAUAUCACAUAUCACUGCCAAUUCUCUCUCCUGUACUUUAGACAUAUCACAUAUCACUGCCAAUUCUCUCUCCUGUACUUUAGACAUACAUUAAAUACCAAUGAUAUUCAAAUCUGAAAACUUGCUGAUGGUACCACCAACGUUGGAUGAAUAUCUGAAGGAGAAGGCUUACACCGCAACUUAGUUACAAGCUUUAUCAAUUGGUGCGAUGAAAAUUUUCUCCAGACGAAUGUCUCAAAAACAAAAGAAGUUACUAUUACACUUCUUAUUACACUUAUUAAUUAAUGCCCUGUUAUCUUAUUUCAAGCUUCCACAUACCUCGUUUCGCCAUUUCAUCUAUUAAUUACAGGAAGGUGCAACAACAGAUUGCAGAUAUCAACAUAAAAAAUCAAAGUGUAGAGAAAGUAGAGGCAUAUAAAUACUUAGGUGUCACCAAUAACAGCAAGCUGACAUGGCAUAAGCACGGCCGAAUACUGUAUAAGAAAUUCAAGCAAUGACAGUUCCACCUAAAAAAACCUAUACAAUUUUGGCGUAAACCAGCAAGUCGUUAAUUUAUUCUACAGUGAAACAAUUGGAAGCCUACUUAAUUUCAGUAUUACCUGUUGGUGUGAGAAUUCACCUUCUAAAUCAUAUAAAAUACCGCAAAAAUCAACUAUUGAAGAGAGCUAAGAAUAUAAAAAAAAACGUAACAUCUUUCACUUGAAGACCUAUUUAAAGACAUAUGUUAUUGUAAAACAUUUUGGAUUCUACAUUUUAAUUCAUCACAGAUACUUAUGGUGUGAACUGAGUGCAUUCGUUUUCUCUCCGCUUCGUGAUGGUCCCAGCUUGACCUUUGCUCUCAGUUGCCGAAUCACCGGAAGAGUCUCAUAUUUCAAUAUAGGCAACGGAGUGCACCCCUCUCGCGUUCCUCUCCUUUUUCUUGCCGCUCCAUUUGCUGAAUCGAACCCGAACGUUUUAACUCGUAACUAAAAUUCCUCCCAAUUUACUCUCAGCAAGUGAUUAGACCAGCCGCCAAAUUGGCCAUCAACACUUGUUUUGCUGUAAAUUUAUAGUGUCAAUCUAUCAUCCAUCUAUCCAUCUUUUAACCCAUCCGUCGGCCUGUCUGUCUACCUGCCCUAAAUUAUGUUUUUGUCAUUAGUCAUCUUCAAUGUGCCACGGGUACCCGUAGAGUUAUCACAAGUCUUUCUCUUGAAGACAAAGGUUUUCGAAAAUUCGUUGUUCUUUUCUCAAUAUGAGGUCCAAUGUGAUCAAGAAGGAUUGGAAAAGUUUCAGGGCGCAUCCGGAUAUAGGAAACACAUUUUUCUUCAUCUCCAAAAUCACCUCUUUGUUAUAGAAAUUCUGUGUGUCCAGUAACGUUUUGGGGUUCGACGUUUCCUUUUCAUCCAAAACAGUAAGAGCCAUUGCAAAGCCUCCAUUAUUGUUGCACAUAGUGGAACCAAACUGAGCAAAAUGGGGCAAUGUGUCGCCAGUGACGAUACAAAAAUGUAACACAUUCGUUUCUCUUCCAUUUUCUUGCCGAUCGUCAAAAUAGAGAAAAAAGAGAAAGGAGACGAAAACGAAUGCACUCAGUUCACACCCUAAGGAUCGGCUCGUUCGUGACGAAUUCUAUCCGUCAGCGCGAGUCCUGAAUGAUAUAAAAUUUAUUUUGUUCCCCAAUCUAUACACAUUUACCAGCGUGCUCUCCCUGAAGACACAAAUCUCAAUGAGAACUAAUAAGUCCCUGAUAUGGCUAAGAGAACUCACUGAAUAGAUGUUUUUUGUUGUUUUUUUGUGUUUUUUUUUAUACUAAUGAAAAAAUUUAUUAUAAAUGUAUUGUGUUCAUGCAAUCGUACAACAUUUCAUUUAGUUUGGAUCAAUAAAAUAAUCUUAUCUUAUCAAUUUAUUUGCUAUUCAAAUAAUCUAAUAUUUACUACAUUUAAGCAAUUUUGUACGUGAUGGCUUCAAAGUUUAAACCCAUGUCACCAUGAAUAGCUACUAGGUUAAGAAAGAUGAAGAAAAAUUUUGAUUUUAAUCCAAAACGUCGUAAAUAGUCAGUCUCUGAGAAAGUGUUGUGCACUUUAAUACGUUGUAACAAACGUAAUAAUUACGUCUAUUGUGUUUUUUUAGGAACCAGAUGCUAGAGAUGAAUAUCAUAAAGAAUAAUUAAACAUCUGAUAUUAAUAAAAACAGUUUUUUUAUAAAUUUAAAUUGUUUGGAAAAAGUUCUCUAAUUCACCCCAAGACAUCCCUAAAUGAUUAUUGGAUCUCAGGUCAUUUGGAAUAACACCAAAGCUGUUGGAUGCGCUAUCGCCCAUUGCCCUAAAGUGUCAAAUCUUGUCGUGUGUGAGUACUGGCCAAGGUAAGUAAUCAGGGACAGUGUCCAAUCUUGUCGUGUGUGAGUACUGGCCAUGGUAAGUAUCAAGGACAGUGCCCAAUAUUGUCGUGUGUGAGUGCUGGCCAUGGUAAGUAUCAGGAACAGUGUCCACUAUUGUCGUGUGUGAGUACUGGCCAUGGUAAGUACCAGGGACAGUGUCCAAUAUUGUCGUGUGUGAGUACUGGCCAUGGUAAGUAUCAGGGACAGUGUCCAAUAUUGUCGUGUGUGAGUCCUGGCCAUGGUAAGUAUCAGGGACAGUGUCCAAUACUCUCAUGUGUGAGUACUGGCCAUUGUAAGUAUCAGGGAAAGAUGUAGAGACAAGCGCUAAGUGUGAUACGAGCGUUUAAUUGGAACCAAUGACGAAAGUAAUAAUGUCUGACUUGUUCUCUACUAUUACCAGCCUGUGUCCUUGUGCCUGGAUAUUUCGUUUGUAUUUAUGUUGUGUGAAUCUAGACUUCCGUGUCAAUGUUUCAUAUAUAUAAUAUAUAUAUAAGCCAUGAGCAUAAAGAGCUCAUGAAUGAUUAAUAAGCGCUUUCACUUAAUGAAGUUUUCAUGCUCACCUUAUUAGCAGCAACUGUAUGUUAGUGUGGAGUUUAUUAAUACUUUUUAAAUAAUUGUUCAAUUAUAUUUUCAGUGGAAAUUUGUUGCCACAGAAGCCAUAUUGAAGCAGAAAACAAAGACUACGAUGUUAGUUCUUUCAAUCUGUUGCAAGCGAUACAUUUAAGGAAUGCGUUAACAUAAGAAAUAUUUGUAACUGCAAUAAACUCUAUGUUUCAAUCUUUAAUCAAAUUUGUCUUAUGUUUAUUUGUGCGAAGCAUUUUAUUAUCAUAUUAUAAUUGCAUCUCAACACAUGCAUGACAUACAUACAAUUUUCGUUUUAUAGUUAAAGUGAUAAAUUGAAACUACUUGAGACCGGUUUCCAUAAAAGUGACUAGGGGAUAAAUUGAAACUACUUGAGACCGGUUUCCAUAAAAGUGACUAGGGGAUAAAUUGAAACUACUUGAGACCGGUUUCCAUAAAAGUGACUAGGGGAUAAGUUGAAACUACUUGAGACCGGUUUCCAUAAAAGUGACUUAUAUGAGAACUUUACUACUUGUCACUGAAUAAUUAUAAUAAUAAUAAUAAAGUUCAUUUCAAAAACACACUUAUUGGUGCGUAGUGUAUUAUUCCGAAAUCAUUGUUUAGUAACAGAUGUUUUAGAACUGAUCGCCCUUCUUAAGGUGGGCCAUCUGUAAGGCACUUAAACCUGGGAUAUUAAAUUGUACUUUACGAUCAAUGUAUUCAAACUUUUUUUUUUUUACGGACCUACUGCGAACAAAAGCCACAAUUAAUACUUUAAUCUCAUUUUGUAAAAUUAUUGAUUUGUGUGAGUAGGCAAUAGUUUCAAAUAAAAUGUU